AGUCAAAAGUUUGAAGGCUUCGGGGGAGUUUGCGGCCACCGCCCGACCAACUCGACACGGACAAUACCAACAUGGACAAGACGUCAAAAAUUCGCUCUAAAUGUCGCCAACACUUGUCGUCGACGUCGGCGCAUGGUCCUUGAAAGCCGGAUACGCCUCAUCAGAUAGCGACAAUACCUGCCAUGUUGCACCCAACUGUGUUGCCAAAUCUCGAGAUGGCAAGACUUAUGUUGGAUCACAGCUGUCGCAAUGCACCGACUAUGGCGAGAUGACCUUUCGCCGCCCGGUACAAAAGGGCUAUGUCGUCAACUGGCCUGCCGAAGUCGCCGUCUUGGACAACGAGCUGCAAAUCCUACAAUGCGACACGGCAGACACAAACUUGAUCAUCACCGAACAAGCAAAUGCUCCUCUCCAGCUCACUCAGAACUUGGACCAGAUGGUCUUUGAGCACUUUGACUUCGCCGCUGUAUAUCGUACUACUGCUCCAUCAUUGAACGCCUACAACGACACCCGCUCUCUAUUCAAUGACCCUCCCCUUGCAGACCCAUCUGUCAUCAACCCGGCAGAUGCCCUCCUCGUAAUAGACAGCGGCCACAGUCAUACAACAAUCACCCCUUUGCUGGCAGGUCGGCCCAUAAACCCAGCCAUCCGCAGACUGGAUAUAGGCGGCAAACAUCUAUCCAAUUACCUCGCCGAACUCAUCUCUCUGCGGCACUUCUCCCUCAUCGACGAACCCCACAUCGUCUCACAAAUCAAAGAAGAUGCCUGUUUCCUAUCCUCGGACUUCCCCUCAGACUUGGAAGCUGCAAAAGCGAAACAUUCAUCUAUAGUCGUGGAUUACGUCUUGCCUGACUACGAGACACAUCACCGAGGCUUCACACGUCCCCAUGACCCUUCGUAUCGAGCCAAGAUGGAAAGACUGGGUGUCAAACAGCCAACUGAUCCUUUGGCAACUCGAGAGGAAGUCUUCCCCCUAGGCAAUGAACGCUUCGUCGUCCCAGAGAUUCUCUUUACACCCUCAGAUAUCGCAAUGCCUCAAUGUGGUAUAGCCGAAACUCUUUUCCAAUCGCUGUCCACACUCCCUGAACUCCUCUGGCAGCCCUUCCUAGCCAAUAUCUUGCUGGUAGGCGGCAACACACUGAUACCGGGAUUUGUGGAGAGAGUCGAGAAGGGAGUAAGGAUGCUCGCUCCCGAGGACAUGGUCGUCAGAGUACGAAGGGCGGAGAAUCCCAUCACGUCUACUUGGCAAGGAGGUUGUCGCAUGGCUGCAGAUCAAGAUCUUAUGAAAAAUGUCUUGAUCACCAGGCAAGAGUAUCAAGAGCAUGGGCCUAACUGGGUGACGAGGCAGUUCGCUGUGAGAAGGCCUACCAAUGGAAAAGACAUAUGACGAUGAUAACGACAAAUGAACUCAUUCCCAAACAACCUCGAAAUAUAUGACUACUGGACGAGCUUUCUAGCUGGACUAGUAGCACCCUCGUCCUCUGGGCUUGAGGAGUUGGUCUACAGAGAAGACUUGGCCUACCAGAGAAAACUAUGCGUUUCGGCAGCAUGUUUGAAAAAUGCCUUUCUGUCCAAAGCUUGGAGCGCGAGGCCCAAUCGUCGUGACGAUACGAGAUAGCACCACGAUUCUAUGAUCACAAAGACGAUUACCCCGGCCUUUGCGUUUGUAGUUGAUCCAUCUCAUCGUUCGAAAUCUAUACCGCUCACCAAGAAGUGAUAACAAGACCAUAUCAAACAACCAUGCCUUCGUUCCUUGAACUCCGUCAGCAAAUCAAAGCCCAUGCCCAC